AUGAAAUGUCAUUUAUGUGAUAAUUGGAUUGAAAUUCAAACCGAUCCAAAGAAUUCGGAAUAUGUUGUUGUUAGUGGAGCACGCCAAAAAGUUGAAACAUGGGAACCUGAAGAUACUGAGACAAUAAGACUUAAAGAAUCAAAUGAUGAUAUUAUUAAAGCUAAAACAACUGAAUUUGCAGAUCAUUUACUUGAAAAAGCAGUAAAACGUAAAUUAGAAAUUUCAACAUCAUCAAUAUUCAAUAAGAAUAAUAAGAAAUUAAUAUCAUCAUCAUCAUUAUCAUCAAAAUCAAAAAAAUAUAAAUCUAUUUUCGAUAAUUCAAACAGCAAAGUUGCACAAUUAUCAGCAGUAGUAACUAAGAAAGACAACAAGAAAUCAUCAAAUAAUAAUAAUAUCGAAGAAAAAUCAAAAACUGUUGAAAAUCAACAACAACAACAAAUAGAUAAUUCUAACAAUAUGAAAUCUACAACAAUUUCAUUAAAUGGUUUACCAGCUUUAUGA